CUCGUAUAUCUUCACAAGCGUAUAAGAAACUGAGAGGCCUAGAGGGGUGUGCAAAUAGUAAUCCAACAAAGGUCCAGCAGACCGCAUCUUUUGUUUAAUAGACACACUAAUGGAGUUGGGCCAAGCGAGGCGUCCACGGUCGGAGGUCGCAACGUUCAACGAUCUCGAGCCCCGGAAGAAGUGUUCAGUUUGCUGCGGUCUUCGGUGUGCUGCAUUCAUCGGAGGUUUCACGUUUAUAUUUACUUUACUCUGUAACUCUAUUAUUUUGGGAGGGAAGCUGACGGAAGGACGUGGUUUGAUCGGCUUCUGUGAUCGCAAUCUCUUUAUUGCCUUACCACUUGCAGCCGUCACUUUCACUCAUCAUUUGAUUCUUUCUGAGUCGUUGUGGAGCAAGAAUCGCAAAACGGUAUGGGAAAUCAACUGGCAAUCGACGUUUACGAAUAUGACGCUGUGGACGGUAGGCACGACGAUGUGUACAUUGCUCUCGCGCAAGUUCCUGUCCACCUGCAGUCGUACCUAUCGUAUGCUGAUGUGGGACUACUAUCGUACCCGACGAGGGUGUGCUAAUCCAUGGUGUCCAAGCCUUUACGGGCGCAUUAGCGCCGAUCUGGACUGGUACAACAUAUUCUGGACACUUAGCUUCUACCACAUUGUCUGGUCCAUGUUUGCCAUUAUGCUGGAAAAGGAGAUGGGCGCCCAAUACGCGAUGUUUUUUCGCGACUGGAAGUACAGUAAAUGGUGUUCGCCGCGGUGGCGUGAAUGGCGCGAGUUGGAAGUCCUUCGAAAUGUGCAUACCGAACAUAAAGUGGCGAGCUGGCGUUGGGGAUCUUUUCUGACGAAUAGCAAGUGGCAUAUACGGGGUCAGUAAAAGCAGCAACACGAUUUAUGUCACCGUUUGAAAAGGGGGGAAUUCUCAGCGACUGUAGCACAAGAAUAAAUUCAGGCGAGAUGCUGAUGAAACUAGGUCACACAAGAUAAGAAGCAUCACUAGAA